AUGAAGAGAAACUCGCCUUUCCUCAACUUUUCUCACCUUACGCGACUUGUGUGGGCUGAGCAGAAGGAGGUGCUCGCCGAGGGCUUCCUGCAGAAACACUCCCCCAACAAAGCACUCGUCUCGCGAUGGCAGACGCGGCACUUUGUCCUCACACCCUCCACACUCGCCUACUACAAAAAGCAAAGCGACGCAACGCCCAAGGGCGUGGUCGAGCUGAGCCAGGUCUGCAACGUGGUGCUUAAGACGGCCAGCCGCGCGCUACGAGAGAGCCCAGGACAGGAGACGGGCUCCGGCAGCAGCAGUCCGGGCAAGAAGGCGGUGUUUGAGGUGGUGACGCUGAGCGGCCGCACCUACGUGCUGGCGGCGGACACCAUCGACGGCGCGCGACGGUGGGUCGAGGUGCUCCUCUUCACCAUCGGCGAGCUCAACAAUCGAGCACCGGUCGUCUCUGCGCCCACCUUCCGCACCACCGCCACCACCAAGUCUCCGGGCGAUGGAAUGCCUGAGAGCGAGGAGCAAGAGAGCGAGAGCAGCAACGCCGCAAAGAGGAGCGCUGCCGAGUGGACGCUGCUGUCGGGCGAGCGAUUGCUGACCAAGCAGGAGAACGUGCUCAUGUCGCACCACUCGCUGAGCGAAGGCCGCUGGGGCCAGUUGCACAUGACCCUCUACCGCUUCAUAUUCUCCACCAAGGACCAAACCGAUUCGGUGCCGCUGGGGCUGGUCAUGCGAGCCGAGCCGGCCAAGCACGAGGAGAGAGGCCUGUCGGGCUACCUGGUUGUUUGCAAGGACUUCCGCACCAUCUCGCUCUUCUUCCUCCACCCGGAGGCGCUCGAGACCAUGAGCUCGCUCUUCAAGCACGUCCUCUUCCCGCCCAAGAUCAGGGGCCUGUACGCGUUUCACAACAAGGAGAAGUAUUCGCUCCGGUCAGAGGUGGUGGGCUGGCCGCUGUACCAGAUCAACCAGGAAUACGAACGGCAGCAGCUCGACGACAAUGCCUGGCGGGUCACACACUUCAACAAGACCAACAGCUUGGCCCACCUGCCCAACCAGUUCAUCGUACCCGCCGCCAUUUCCGAUGACAUGAUUGGCCAAUUGGGCGAUGGGCAACUUAAGUGGCAGCGGUGGGUGAUCGCCCUGUGCUGGAGCAACACCAAGUCCAUGGCGCGCGGCUGCCUGCUCCGCUGCUCGGAGUUCAUGAUGGGUCCCGGCAGCGGUGUAGCGACGGCGGCGUCGCUUUUGGAGGGCCGUGAGGCGGGUGGCACGACCAGCAAGCGCAUCGCUGCGGGCGGCGGCCCGCAGGGCGGCAAGCAGAGCAUGCUGGAGCACGUGCUGACGCUCUAUCACGCCGCCGAGGCCCUGCACGUCUACAGCACCACCUCUCUGCGGAAGAAGCUGUUCGUGCUCGGCUCCGAGACGUCGGCCGGCACGACUGAACUCGUGCAAGUUGAUGCGGGCACGAUCUCAUUUCACACGACGAAGCUCCUCUCACCCGCGGCGAUCGAGAACAGCCUGCAGAAGCUGGCCAACCUCGUGAGCUCGUUCGAUACGUCGCGCUUCGAGCGCGCACAACACGACGACACCAUCACAAACAGCGGCGGUUGCAGCAGUGCGCCUGCAACCAGCGGCGCGGAUAAGGUCACACUGCAGCAGAUGAAGACCGCGUGGCGGGAGUCGCUCGACGACACCCAGUGGCUCAAGGGCGUCCGGCUGCUUCUCGAAACCACGUCCGAGAUCGUCAACCUGAUCAUCGACGGAGAGCCAGUUCUCGUUCAGAGCGCCGAUGGUGGUGACGCCGUGCCGCAGGUGGUCAGUCUCGCUCAGGUGUGCCUGGACCCGUACUUCCGUACCACGGCCGGCUUCUGCUUCCUGAUCGAGAAGGAGUGGAUGGCCUGCGCGCACAAGUGGGGCCAGCAGCAGAAGGCCAAGUACCAGCCGAAGCAGUACUCGCACAUGUUUGUGCAGUUCAUCGACGCAGUGUGGCAAUUGUGGGAUUCGGCGCCCACUGCGUUUGAGUUCGACUCGUCGCUGCUCCUCUUCCUGCUCGAGUCCGUGUACAGCGCUCGCUUCGGCUCGUUCCUGGUCGACAGACAGCGCGACCGCUUGAAGGGAAAGCUGCUCCUCUCGUCCAACACCAUCUCUGUGUGGUCCUACAUCGACGCCAACGCGCGCGCGUUCGCUCAUGACCGCUACAACCGCCUCGAUGCCACCGUCAUGAUCCCCCUGCUGCCACGACCCGAUCAAGUGAAGCUUUGGACUGGCCAACCGGCGCAAGACGAACCGACGACGAGGCUGAGCUUGCGCAACCGCGCCCUCCAUUGCGUUCCGUCGAUGGUCAUGACGCCGGCCUUCGCCAGGCUUGCGUCGCUCGACCUCGCGCACAACUUCAUCAGCACGGUCCCGCUCAGCCUCUCCGCGUUGACGGGCCUCGAGUCGCUCGACCUCUCGCACAACCUGAUGGCCGGCAGCCUGCCCGCACAGCUGGCCGAAGCGCUGUCACUGCUCACCCAGCUCGUCCACCUCAACCUGGCCCACAACGCGCUGUGCGACCUGUCGGCGCUGCCCUCGCAGCAACUCCAGGCCCUCGAGGAGCUGGACGUGUCGCACAAUGGGCUGACCGCCAUCCCCGCCCACGUAGUGCACCUCACCCGACUGCGCCGCCUUUCCCUGGCCGGCAACGCCUUCAAUGGCGAAGGCAAGAAAGGUCAGCUGGAGGUGGUCCAUUCGCUGACAUCGCUCACGUCGCUCAACUUGGCGGAGAACGAGAUUGCCUCGCUGUCGCCGCGCUUCUUCAACCUGACCCGCCUCGAGCAUCUGGACCUCGCCGGCUGCGGGCUCACCAAGCUCCCGAUGGGCAUCGGCCACCUGGCCAAGCUUCGCGUCCUGCGCAUCUCCAACAAUCCCGACCUGCGCGGCUUCCCGAGCGACUUUUGGACCCUAUCCUCCUUGGAGGAGCUCUACGCACGGAACUGCCUAGGCUGGGGCGAUGCGAGUACGCCGGAAGCGGCCGCCGGAGGCAUUUUGCCUCAGCUUCCGCUCAACCUCGCACGACGCAAGCGAGCCACCACCAAAUUCCCUGCCUCGCCUGACAAGCUCGAUGCGAUGAUGGCGAUUCUGCCCGCGCAAUUCGGCCAGCUCACGCAGCUCAAGUGCCUCGACCUCUCGCACAACGGCAUCUCGGGAAUUCCGGCGGUGUGCUUCAUGGGCCUGACCCAGCUCGAGAAGCUGUGGCUGGGCGGCAACACGCUCAUCUCGCUCGGCGUUGACAUCGGCGCCAUGUUGUCGCUCCGCGAGCUCCACCUGAGCCACAACCGGCUCACCGCGCUGCCGCCGGAGAUCGCCAGCCUGAAGCAGCUCAAGGUGCUCAACGUCGAGGACAACGCGCUGGUCGAGCUGCCGGCCCAUCUGAGCACCAUCCCGAUUGUGGCCAUGGGCUCGUCGAGCAUCCUGGCGUACCUGGGGCAGCUGCUGAAUGGCCAGCAGGCGUGUUACCGCAUGAAGCUCAUGUUUGUCGGUCAGGAGAACGUUGGGAAAACGUCGCUCCUCAACGCGCUCAAGAGGAGGGAGAAGCGAAAGCUCGCCGGUUCCAAGCUGCUGCGACUGGGCGAUGACGACACUGGCGCUGCUCCGCUGUCUACCGACGGCAUCGACAUCAACACGUGGCACAUGACCAUGCCCUGGGGCUCCAGCGCUCCUCAGGUCGAGCUCUCAGCUUGGGACUUUGCGGGCCAGGAGAUCUACUAUGCCACGCAUCGGUUCUUCCUCUCCGAGCACUCGCUGUAUCUGGCCGUGUUCAACCUCCUCACUUCCGACCAAUCGCACAUCGACUACUGGCUGCAGUCCAUACGUACGGCCGCCGGAGACUCGCCGGUGCUCAUCAUCGGCACGCACGCCGAGGACGAACGAUGUACCGACGAAUACCUGACCCAGACGCACAACCAGUUGGCGCGGCGAUACGGCGAGCGAUUUCCGAACGUGCUGGGCAUCCACUUUGUGAGCUGCACGACGGGCAAGGGCCUGGACCAGCUCCUGACCAACCUCCAGUCCAUCAUCGCCAAGCAGGAGCACGUGGGCCAGGCCGUGCCGUCCAAUUACCUCGAGCUGGAGAAGGUCCUGGCGAGCCAGGCCAAGGAGCGCGUACCGCCCAUCGUCGCCUGGAGCGAGUACCGCACGCUGGCGCGGCUGUGCCUCAUUGAGCACGAGCACGACCUGCUCACCGCCACCUCGCUCCUCCACAACUUCGGAUCGCUCGUGCAUUUCCCGAACGACGACAAGCUGAAGGAGGUGGUCAUCCUUGAGCCCCAGUGGCUCAUGAACGUCAUGUCCACCGUCGUCUCCACCAAACACAACUAUUGCCGGAAUGGCGUGAUGGCCCAUUCGGCGCUGCCCCACAUAUGGAAGGCGCCGGACUUUCCGUCCGAGGUCCACCCCUUCAUUCUCUCGCUGAUGGAGCGGUUCGAGCUCUCGUUCCCGGUCGGCGCGCACAUCCACAAGCUCGGCGGCUACGCCUCUUCCCUCCGACCCUCGGCCGGCUCCGGCGCCGAGAGCCCGACAUCCGCCGACGAGGGCCUCUACCUCAUCCCCUCGCUGCUGCCCGAAGCGCGGCCAGCCCAGUUCACCGACCAUUGGCCACCGCACACAUAUGUGGGCGAGUCCCUCUUUGGUCGCGUUUACCACUUUGAGUUCAUCCCCAAGGGAUUCAUGGGACGGCUGAUCAUCCGGCUUCUUGCGUUCCCUCUCGCGGCGCAGCUCUACUGGCGUCACGGCGUGCUGGCCCAGAUCGGAAAGGAGAAAAUCCUGCUGGAGCUGAUACCGGACAGCCUGCAGCUGCAGAUCACGGUGAGGACCGAGCUCAAGGGCGAACAGAUGUCGAACCUGUCGUGGCUCAUCUUCGCCGCUGUGGACGCCCUCGUCAAGGAGUGGUACAACCUCAACGCCAAGGUGUUGGUGCCGUGCUCGCACUGCAUGAGCCUCGGCCUCAAGAGCCCCUUCAUGUUCCCGAUGGAGAAGUGCCAGCAGGCCGCCACCACGCCCGGCCAAUCGAUCCUUCUCUGUCCCAAAGGUACCUACCUGGGCGAACCGGUGGCCAUCAAGGAGCUCAAGAGCGCCGAGAUCGACGGCUUCGAUACGUUGGGUCUCAACGUCGACGCCGAAUCGCGACGGCUCACCUUUGAAGAGUUUCGACACGAAGUCUGGAUCAUGAGUGGACUGGCCCAUCCCAAUCUGGUGGGCUUGAAGGGGUUCUGCAUGCAGCCGCCCUGCAUCGUGACGGAGCUGGUGGAGGCCGGCUCCCUGUUUGACUUCCUCUCCGAUCCCGCCAAGAACAAGGUCCUCGACUGGGCCCUCCGCCUCAAGAUCGCCAAAGACAUCGCCAAGGGAUGUGCGUUCCUACACAACACAUCGCCGCCGGUGAUGCACCGUGACCUGAAGAGCCCCAACAUCCUGUUGGCGGACCUUACUCCCGAGGCGGCGGUGGUGGCCAAGCUGUGCGACUUUGGCGUCUCGCUCUCCGCCGAUACCACAGCCGGCCGCAAAGUCGACUGCCCUGUGUGGCUUGCUCCGGAGAUUCUGGAGAAGAAGCCCUACUCGGAGAAGGCCGACGUCUACUCGCUCGGGGUGAUCUUCUGGGAGCUGCUCACCAAGGAGCAGUUCUUCGGCGAAGUCAAGUUCAUGGCCCUCCUCGAGGACAUGGUGAAGGAGGGAAAGCGUCCGCCCAUUCCGGACUCGUGCAUCCCUUCGUACCGUCAGCUCAUCGAACAGUGCUGGGCUCAGGACCCGAACCAGCGGCCGUCGUGCAAGGAGAUCGUGGAGCGGAUCGAAGGGAUCAUCCGGGGCGUGUACGACGCCAGCGCCGAGACCGACUUCAAAGCCCGCCGGUCGGCCGAGGCCGCACGGCGACAACAGCGCGAGCAGCGGCUCGACUCCACCAAGAAGGAAAAAAUGCGAGCAAUGCAGAUGGUCAGCAUUCGGUCGAUGAUGUCAGCCGAGCCCAAGAAGAAGCUGCUGACCCAGUCGAUCAAGGACAUGGCCGUCUCGCGGUGCUCCAAGACCGACAUCAUCGAGUUCAUGGAGGAGUUCCUCAAGCUGCGCAAGGAGAGCCUCCUCCUGGCUGCCGCCGUCAAGGACAACGACGACGCUGACGGCAACUACCACCUUAAGGCCGAGGUCGAUAACAACAAGGCCGAGCAGGAGCGGGCGUGGAUCGACCACUUCCUGGCGCGGCUCAACGACGACAAGGCCCACGCCAUGCCCCCGCCGCCCCUGCGCGUCAGCACCGAUGCCGCGCCGGCCCACCAUCACCACCAGCCAUCGAAGCCGCCCAUGGCCAGUGCCACGUCAGCACAGGCAAGUGACACGGCUGGUAUCGAGACCAGUGUCAGUGCCGGCGCCACGUCAGCAGAGGCCACGGCCAGCGCUGGUGCCACGUCAGCACAAGACGUGGAGGCGGAGGAGGCGGCGGCAGUGGCGGAGAAGAGAGGGCUGAUGGUGAGCCAGGUGCUGCGGGAUCGCGUCAACUCGCCCAGCCAACCGCGGGUGCGGAGCUUCCACGCGGCCGCGCCGCCACCCCUUCAACAUCGCUCGCGCACCAGCUCCGGGGGCGGCAACGAAUGGCGCAAGAGCACCCGAGUCAGCAGCGGUGCGUCGCCGCAGCUGCCGCAGCAGAUGACUGAAUCUUCGCCCGGCUCCCGCCGCUCGUUCCUCGGCCAGGCCGCCCUCACCUCCUCCGCGCCCUCCCUGCCCACCCACACGCCGCUGGCCUCGCCGUCGUCGCCGUUGCAGCCGCAAUCACCGUUGGCGGCGGCGGCGUCGCUGUCGGCCCCGUCGUCGCCGUCGUGGGGUGCGGUACCGGCGGCCCGGGCAAGGCCGGCCAAGAAGGCGGUGGCGGCCAGCGAGCCGUCGUCGUCGGAGGCUGACUCACCGCAGUGGGGCCGCGCGCCCAAGUUCGCCGCAGCCAGCGCCGACGGCGACCGCCAGAGCGAAAAGGAGGCGCGCCGGGAGAAGAAACAGAAGGAGAAGCGAGCGAAGAAGAAGAAAGAGAAAAAGGAGGAGCAGAAGAGGAAGGAGGAAGAAGAAGAGGAGGAGGAGGAGGAGGAACGGGUGCAGAAGGCGAAGAGGAGCGAUACGGUGGCGGGCAUGCGAAAGACGCUGAUCACCAUCGAGAAGGAUCUGGCCGACGUCCUCGCCGACUUCGAGAAAGAACUCAACAGCUGA